UGGUGGAUUUACAGGUACUGCGCAUUAGCUCCUCUGAUAGAUAAUUUACUUCAUUUGUUUGCAAACCGUUUGAACUGUGCUUGAAACGUACCUACAUUGUAUUUUUUUUUGCGAAACUGAAAACAAUACAUAGCUGAAACUUAUUUCGCCUGAGUAUUACCUGACACCAACAUAAAGAUGUCUAUACCUGGCAAAAGAAGAGGCACCUUGGGCACCCUAUUGGGGGAAUAUGAAGAGGAUCACACACUCGACGACUUCGACGUCCUCAAAACAGUUGGCACGGGCACGUUCGGACGCGUGUGCGUGUGUCGCGACAAAUCCUCAGGACAGUACCGAGCACUCAAGGUGCUUGCCAUCGAAGACCUGGUCAGACUCAAGCAAGUCGAACAUUGCUGGAACGAAAAAAAUAUUCUACAACAAGUCCAUCAUCCAUUCAUUGUCGACAUGCUGUGGCACCACCACGACGACAGCUUCGUUUACAUGCUCUUCGACUACGUCUGCGGAGGAGAACUCUUCUCUUACCUCAGAAGUGCUGGCAGAUUUCCUCUGGCCACUGCGGUGUUCUACGCGACCGAGAUCAUCAGUGCUCUGGCAUACCUCCACUCAAUGUCGAUCGUCUACAGAGACGUCAAACCAGAGAAUUUAUUACUCGACAGAGACGGUCAUCUGAAAAUAACAGAUUUUGGCUUCAGUAAAGUUUUGUCAGACAGAACGUGGACGCUCUGCGGGACGCCGGAGUACCUGGCACCGGAAAUUAUACUGGGCAAAGGCCACAAUAAAGCCGUUGACUGGUGGGCUCUCGGUAUUCUUAUAUACGAGAUGCUGGCUGGACACCCGCCAUUUUUCGAUGAAAAUCCCUUUGGUAUUUACGAGAAAAUUUUGUGCGGUCAAUACCAAUUCCCGAGAUACAUCGACGGCUCCGCACGCGACCUCAUCAAGCGACUGUUGGUUGCUGAGAGAACCCGGCGCCUGGGCGCCAUGAAGAACGGCGCAGAGGACAUCAAGCGUCACAAGCUAUUCCGUCACAUUAUUUGGGACGACGUAUAUGAGAAGAAAACACAGCCGCCCAUCGUGCCCAAAGUGAGCUACGACGGCGACACGCGCAACUUCGACGACUACCCUGAGAAAGACUGGCAGUCAACCCCUGCCGCGCCUGCUGCUCAGGUCGCUCUCUUCGCUGACUUCUGACGGCUUCGACUGCAAAAAAAUAGAUCCGUACUCACCGCAG